AUGAAGUCCUUUGCCCUACUCACAGCCGCAGCGCUGCUGGGCUCUGCCUCUGCAGAGGUCCACAAGCUCAAGAUUAAGAAGCUCCCGCUCGAAAAGCAGCUGGAGAACGCCAACAUCGACGCCCAUGUCCAGGCGCUAGGACAGAAAUAUAUGGGCUUCCGUCCGGACAACCGCUUCCAGGAUACUUCUUUCAAGCCUACCGGUGGCCACAAUGUGCUCGUUGACAACUUCCUGAACGCUCAGUAUUUCUCUGAGAUUUCUCUCGGCACUCCUCCCCAGACUUUCAAGGUUGUCCUCGAUACAGGUAGCUCCAACCUGUGGGUGCCAUCCUCGGAGUGUAGCUCGAUCGCUUGCUUCCUCCACACCAAGUAUGACUCGUCUUCAUCGAGCACCUACAAGAAGAAUGGCACCGAUUUCGCCAUCCGUUAUGGGUCCGGAAGCCUGACCGGGUUCGUCUCUCAAGACACUCUGCAGAUCGGCGAUCUGGCCGUCAAGGGCCAGGACUUUGCCGAGGCCACCGAAGAGCCCGGUCUUGCCUUUGCCUUCGGUCGCUUCGAUGGAAUUCUAGGCCUGGGAUAUGACACCAUUUCCGUCAACGGCAUGGUGCCCCCCUUCUACAACAUGAUCAAUCAGGGCCUCCUCGAUGAGCCCGUCUUCGGCUUCUACCUUGGUGAUUCCAACAAGGAGGGCGACAAUUCCGAGGCCACCUUCGGUGGUAUUGACAAGAGCCACUACACUGGUGAGAUGAUCAAGAUUCCUCUCCGCCGCAAGGCUUACUGGGAGGUCGACCUCGAUGCCAUUGCCUUUGGCGACAACGUUGCUGAGCUGGACAACACUGGUGUCAUUCUUGACACCGGCACCUCGCUCAUUGCUCUGCCCUCUACCCUGGCUGAGCUCCUGAACAAGGAGAUUGGUGCCAAGAAGUCCUUCACUGGCCAGUACACCGUCGAGUGUGACGCCCGUAGCAAGCUGCCUGACUUGACCUUCACCCUGAGCGGCCACAACUUCACCAUCGGCCCUUACGACUAUAUUCUGGAGGUGCAGGGAUCCUGCAUCAGCAGCUUCAUGGGCAUGGACUUCCCCGAGCCCGUGGGUCCCCUCGCUAUCCUGGGUGACGCAUUCCUGCGCCAGUGGUACAGUGUCUAUGACGUGGGCAACAACGCUGUCGGCCUGGCCAAGUCUAAGUAA